GUCCAGUUUUGUAUUAGGCUUAGAUAAUAAUUACAAUUAAAGCAAUAAAAUCAGAUAAUCAAUUUUGUUAAUAAUUGCAUCAUUUUUUGUGGUUUUGCACCUGGGAAAAGUGAGGUUAUCUAAUCCAUGUGCUAUGUCAACGUGUCCCACCUGAUUUUUUGUAUUUUCAGCGAAAAAAGAACCUAUUAAAAAUGGCCGCAGUUGAACGAAAAGGCACUUUUAAGGUUGAAUAUUUGCAAAAAAUUGAACGUGAGGUUCAGGAAAGAUGGAGAAAAGAAAAACUGCACGAAAUAGACGCUCCGAAACAACAACGAAAAUCAGAAAAUGAGAAGUUUUUAUGCACUUUUCCAUUUCCAUACAUGAACGGCCGGUUACAUCUUGGCCACACUUUCUCUCUGUCAAAGGCUGAAUUUUCAGUCAGGUAUCAUAAACUGAAGGGAAAAAAUGCGUUGUUUCCCUUUGGUUUCCACUGUACUGGAAUGCCGAUUAAAGCAUGCGCUGAUAAAUUAAAACGCGAGAUGGAGAUGUUUGGGUACCCCCCAAAGUUUCCAGUUGAGGAGGAAGCAAAGGUUGAAGAGAAUGACGACGUUGUCAUUAAAGACAAGAGUAAAGGAAAAAAGAGCAAAGCAGUAGCCAAAGCUGGCGCUGCCAAGUACCAGUGGCAGAUCAUGUACAGUUUGGGCCUCCAAGACGAAGAGAUAAAAAAAUUCGCGGACGCUGAUUACUGGCUUGACUAUUUCCCGCCCCUUGCCGUUCAAGACUUGGACCGGUUUGGGGUUUACAUCGACUGGAGACGCACGUUCAUAACCACCGACGUGAACCCAUUUUUUGACUCUUUCGUCCGUUGGCAAUUCAUUCGCUUGAAAGAACGCAACAAAAUUAAAUUCGGUAAACGUUACACGAUUUUUUCACCUCGCGAUGGCCAACCUUGCAUGGACCAUGACCGGUCCACCGGCGAAGGGGUGGGCCCCCAAGAGUACACUUUAAUUAAAAUGAAGUUAUUACCUCCAUAUCCAGCAAAAUUGAGUAAACUGGCCAAUAAACCGGUUUAUCUAGUAGCGGCGACUUUAAGACCGGAGACAAUGUAUGGGCAGACUAAUUGUUGGGUCAGACCUGAUAUGAAAUAUGUUGCAAUUUUACUAAAAUCGGGCGAAAUUUUCGUUUGCACUGAACGAUCAGCCCGAAAUAUGAGUUAUCAAGGUUUUACAGAGGUUGAUGGGAAGUUUGAGGUUGUUACGCACUUGUUGGGACAGGAUCUCCUGGGUUGCGCUCUUAAAGCCCCCAUGACCCAUUAUGACAAAAUCUACGCCCUACCCAUGCUUACCAUUAAAGAAGAUAAAGGGACAGGAGUUGUCACAAGUGUCCCUUCUGAUUCUCCCGACGAUUAUGCUGCAUUAGUCGAUUUAAAAAAGAAGCAACCUUUCAGGGAGAAAUAUGGGAUCAGAGACGAAAUGGUACUUCCAUUUGAACCAAUUCCCAUAAUUGAAGUACCCGAUUUUGGGAAACUUUCGGCCGUAAUCGCAUACGACAAGUUGAAAAUUCAGAGUCAAAAUGACCGAGAAAAACUACUCGAGGCCAAAGAAAUGGUCUACUUGAAGGGUUUUUAUGAUGGGGUUAUGAUAGUGGGCGAAUUCAAGGGUAAAAAAAUUCAAGACAUAAAAAAAUCGCUUCAGAAGGUCUUAAUUGAUAAAAAUGAGGCGGUUAUUUAUUAUGAACCGGAGAAAACUAUAAUUUCGAGAUCAGGAGAUGAGUGCGUUGUCGCUUUGUGUGACCAGUGGUUUUUGGAUUACGGGGAAGAAUCCUGGAAGAAAGCAGCCCAUAAAGUCCUAGAUCAGAUGAAUACGUACCAUGAGGAAGUCCGGAGAAACUUCAAUGGGUGUCUGGAUUGGCUUCACGAACAUGCCUGUUCCAGAACCUACGGUCUUGGUUCCAAACUCCCAUGGGACGAACAAUGGCUAAUCGAAUCCCUCUCCGACUCUACCAUCUACAAUGCCUACUACACCGUUGCUCAUUUCCUCCAAGGCAAUUCUUUCCGUGGCAAUAAACCCAAUUCUCUUAACAUCAAACCGGAGCAGAUGACUCCUGAAGUCUGGGAUUACAUCUUUUUCAAAAAUGCGCCAUUUCCAGCCAAAUCCGGGAUUAAGAAAGAAUCCGUCGAUUUAAUGAAACGAGAGUUUGAUUAUUGGUACCCAGUGGAUGUGAGAGUCUCCGGAAAGGAUUUGGUGCAGAACCACUUGACGUAUUUCAUUUACAAUCAUUGUGCCAUUUGGCCGGAAGAAGAAGAAAAGUGGCCGAGAGGUGUCCGCGCUAAUGGCCAUCUUUUACUAAACUCGGCGAAAAUGUCCAAGUCUGACGGCAAUUUUUUGACUUUGAGUGAAGCUGUGGAGAAGUUCAGCGCCGAUGGGACGAGGUUGUGUCUUGCCGAUGCAGGGGAUUCGGUCGAAGAUGCUAAUUUUGUAGAGAGUAUGGCAGACGCGGGGAUUUUGAGGCUGUACACUUUUAUUGAGUGGGUCAAGGAGGUCUUGGAGAAUAAAGGACAAUUGAGAAGCGGCCCCGCAACCACGUUCAACGACGAAGUAUUCCAGAGCGAAAUCAACCUUAAAAUCAAAGAAACGGACGAAUUCUACAGCAAAAUGCUAUUUAAAGAGGCCCUCAGGAGCGGUUUUUUCGAACUUCAAUCCGUCAGAGACAAAUACAGAGAAUUGUGCUUGGACGGAAUGCACGCCGAGUUGAUCGUUCGUUUCAUCGAAGUUCAGGCAAUACUCCUCGCUCCCAUCUGCCCGCACGUGUCCGAACAAGUUUGGAAAUUACUGGGAAAAAAAAGCAGUAUCUUCAAAGCGUCGUGGCCUCAAGUAGGACAAAUCGACGAGAUCAAAAUUAAAUCGUCGGAAUAUCUCAUGGAAACCGCUCAUUCGUUCCGGGUGCAUCUUAAAACUUAUCUUCAGGGAAUCAAGACCAAGUCCAACCCCAACCCUCCACCCGUCCCUAAACCAGACGUGCUAAAUAUUUGGGUGGCCAAGACUUUCCCCGCUUGGCAGAGCUGCAUUCUCACCACUUUGAAAAGCCACUACGAUAAAAGCAAGGAAUUUCCGGACAAUAAAGUCCUGGCCAUGGAAUUCGGCUCAAAGCCCGAACUAAAGAAAUACAUGAAGCGUGUAAUGCCUUUCGUUCAAGCGACUCGCGAAAAAGUCGAACAACUCGGUCCUAAGGCCUUGGCGUUGACUCUCGAGUUCAACGAGGCCGAAGUACUGACUAAUAACAGCGUUUAUUUGGCGAAUACUUUAAACGUCGACGAAGUGGUGGUGAAAUAUACGGACGAUGAAAAAGCCGAUGAAAAAAUGAAAGAAUGUUGUCCGGGGUCUCCAUACGUACAAUUUUCGAACAAACCGGGGGUGAAAGUCGAAUUUGUGAAUCCCGUUCCCAAUUCGGGAUUUUUCUCGCAAGUGUUGGUGAUCAGUGAGGGGGAUACAUACGGGAAAGUUGUCCAAAAAUUGGGCAAAGGGAUUAAAACUGCACAAUCUAUUCAGCUUUGGAGAUUCCAAGAUCCGGUUUUGGGCCCCAGAAAAAUCCCAACUUUCCAAGAACCCACCAAGGAUAAAGUGUUGAUAGAGUCUAACAGUAUUUUCAAAGUCAACGUUCAAGAGAAGAAAGUUUCAGUUAUGUCGGGAUCAAACGUGUCCGAAAUCGGACAAUCAAUUAUUUAUUUAGUUGUUUAACCACUUUUGUAAUUUAUUUGGAAGUAAAAACUUGGUUAUGCAA